ACGGUUUUGCAGAAAAGAAAACAGUGAACAAAAUCCAUCUAACGGAGAAAAACCUCAAGCUCCCCGCUUUACCCCCGAGUCUCUGUCCACUCCAACCGCAGAUCUAGACCCACAUAAGCGUGUGUGAUGAACGGAGACUCAGGUGCAGGGGUGGUGACGGCCCCCCCGCCCACCAAUCCCCCUCAUAAGGAGCGUUAUUUCGACCGCGUGGACGAGAGUAGCCCGGAGUACCAGAGAGAGAGGAACAUGGCGCCGGAUCUGCGGCAGGACUUCAACAUGAUGGAGCAGCGCAAGAGAGUCUCCAUGAUCCUGCAGAGUCCAGCGUUCUGCGAUGAGCUGGAGUCUCUGAUCCAGGAUCAGAUGAAGAAGGGGAAAACCCCCACCAGUUUACUCGCGCUGCAGCAGAUAGCUGACUUCAUGACCACCAGCGUCCCCACCGUGUACCCCGCCGCCCCACAGGGAGGAAUGGCAGCCCUCAACAUGAGUUUGGGGAUGGUGACUCCAGUGAAUGAUCUGAGAGGUUCAGACUCCAUCGCUUAUGAGAAAGGAGAGAAGCUCUUACGCUGUAAGCUUGCUGCGUUUUACCGCCUGGCCGACCUUUUUGGCUGGUCUCAGCUCAUCUACAACCACCUGACGGUCCGGCUGAACUCUGAACAGGAGCGUUUUCUGAUUGUCCCUUUCGGGCUUCUGUACAGUGAAGUCACUGCCUCCAGUUUGGUCAAGAUUAACCUGCAGGGGGAGAUUGUAGACAGAGGCAGCACUAAUCUGGGCGUAAAUCAGGCUGGAUUCACCCUUCCCCCCCCCAACCACACUUCAAGACCAUACUUCAAAUCAAAAACCCACAUUCACACACCCGCUGGCGCCGCGUGGACUAAGGAGGACAGUCUCCGACAGGCAGCUGUGGCCAAUCAGUUUGUCCCGCUGAACACCAACCCUAAAGAAGUCCAAGAGAUGCGCAACAAGAUUCGUGAGCAGAAUCUGCAGGACAAAAAGACGGCAGGUCCACAGUCGCAGGUGCUCACAGGUGCCGUGGUGGACCGUUCGUAUGUCCAGAGAGUGACUAUAUGGCACGACGCUCCUCUCUCUGACUGUACGGACUCUAUUGAUGGCAUUGACCCUUCAGAGAGCUUUAGUCCCUCUAGGUCUAUUCGAAAGGGGGAGCUAGUGACUGCGUCUAAAGCUAUCAUUGAGAAGGAGUACCAGCCACGCGUCAUCGUCAGUAAAACUGGACCAAACCCCUUCAACAAGCUCACAGACCAGGACCUGGACGAGUAUCGCAGGGAAGUGGAGCUCAAGCAGAAGGGCCCAGAAGCACAGGUUGAGGAGUCGCCCUCGGCCCCCGAAGAAGCCCAGACUCCAGACGUCACAUCCACGCAGGAACAUGAGGAUCCACAGGCCACCACGGCCCCUCCACCCUCCAUAAUCGAAUCGGGCCGUGCAUCGGGUCACGACAGCCCGGUGGAUGCUACAGGAUCCCCUCAUAAGGAGUUUCACUCCGCUGUGCUAAAAGCUCUGGGCUGUGACGCGGAGUCUGAGCGUGAACCGUCUGCAGGUCAGACACUGGAGGUUGAAGAGGGGAAAGUUCCCAGCACCACCUGCACUCCUCCCAGCUCACCUGUGCGUGUGGAGGAAGAAGAACAACAGGAACAGACGUCCAAAGACGAGAGUGACGCCGCCACUUUAAGACAGACCCUCCCCGAUCUGACCCCCGAUGAACCAUCAGAAGUCUCCGCCCUCCCCGCAGAAGACCCCGCCCCCGGACAGACUGACUCCGCCCCUCAGCCUGAGGGGGAGGAGCCUGUCGCCGGGGACGACGCGGCUGGUGAUCACGGCAGUGACGAAUCACCCAACAAAUCCCCGUCAAAGAAGAAGAAAAAGUUUCGCACCCCGUCGUUCCUAAAGAAAAACAAAAAGAAGUCUGAAACCCAGUGAGGAAGCUUUGCUCAGGCGUUCGGCAAUACCUUUUCUUUAAAUCGAUUUGCUUUUGUACUGUGUGUUCACAUUUAGUGUGUCGAUCUUUUAUUAAAGCCUCAUAUUGUUUUAUUCUUUUAUUAAAUGCUGGCUGAAGUGCACUCUAAAGUGCAGCUCGUUAAGCAUGUUCCACACACAUCUGUUUUUAUAAAGAAAAUUGCAAUCUGAAUAUUAAUAACCACUAUAAUGUAUCGAAAAUGUAUCAGAUGUUAUUGUCAGAGGAAAUUAAUUAAUGAAAGAGUUCCUCCUGGUGUUCAAUUAAAAUCUUUGCUCUGCUGCAUGUUUAUGAUUUUUCAAACCACGUCUAUAAACAUCUUUAAAAAAAAAAAAACAACUGCAGUGAAAUAAUCAUAACAUCUCACCUGACCGGAGUGUAAAACAUGCUUACGAUAAUAUUCUGAUCAGCGCAGAUAUGUUUUCGGAUGGAAAUCGAAUGACUUUUUGAAAUGGGAGAAUCUCACAAAACCUGUUUAUCACACAUUUCACCCCGAAGUCAUUUUUUGUUUUCUUUAAAGAAAAUGAAGCCUUUAUUGUGAUAUUUUCAUAACAAAUAAGCACACUUUCCUCCCAAUUCUCUGCUAAAUACAUGUUUUUAACAUGAAAUCAAGGAGAAUUGGGGUCAAAAUGUGCUUAACUGCUAUAAAAAAUAGUGUUGUAAUGCAAAAUCUCUCACUGAUUUCACACUUCAUUUUCUUAACACACAAAAAAUCUAAUUUUUCUUUUUUUCAGUGAAAUUAUCAUUUUGUGAGAUUUGCCUGUAUCUGUGUCUAAACGUGUCCUGUUGUAAUGUACUAAACACAAACAGCUUUCCCCUUCAUGUAAAUGUUGUUUUAAUACUAGCUGUGACUUUUACCCUGCAGUAAUAUGAAUCACUGUUUGCUUUUGCUUUUAUACAUAUAUAUUUAGUUAUUUUUAGCUCUAGGUUGUUUAGUUUCGUUCAAACACGUCAGUAACUUGACGGCACUGUUGUAAAUGACACUAUUAAACAUCCUGUGUAGUUCAUCACAGACUCUGUUAUUAAAGUUACAGACAGCUGCUGUUGAUGAUUAUAUGCGUGUUCUGGACUGGUUUACAGAUGUUCACAAACACACACACUCAGUUUAUAUAGAAACACUGUGAAAAUAUUCACUUAACCAUCCUGAAUAACCACAAAAAAACACGCUUCAAAAUUAAUGUCUGAAUGAAUCCCACAAAGAAACAUCCAAUUCAUAUUUCAACACAAAUUUAGAGGAAAAGCAUAAAAAUUGGCAUAAAAAAUUAAAACAAAGGCCCUUGAUUUUUGCAUGCAUAUAUAAUAUUCUCAUUACUCUCAUAUAGUAAUGGAAAUUGUUGUUAAUUAUAAGCAUACAUUUAGUGCAGUAAAUACUAUAUUUAUAUAUAUAUAUACUUGCAAAAAAAAAAAUACUUUUUCUGCAUUUCAGUAAUGGGAAUAUUUUUUAUUUUUUAUUUUUUUAUUUUUAUUUUUUAUUUUUUGUUUGAUGUUUUAUCCCAGAUUUAAAUAUUCCAAAUUUUCUAUUAAAAUUGUCUAUUUUCAGGACCCUUAAGUUUCAUACAAACUAAUACAAAAAUAUUUUUUUUUCCAUUAUGGUAAAGAUAUUUUGGAGGGAAAAUAUGCACAAAAAAAAAAAAAAAAAUUAAUUGGUUUUCAAAUUAGGAUUAAUUUUAAUUUUCGUUCUUUUGAUUUGCCGUUGAGUUAUGACUUGUACGUUUCUUUACAGAUUUGGUGAGAUUCAUCUGUUGUUGAAUGACUAACCUGUGCAGUAUACGAUCAGGUCUCUCUAAUAUGAUUGCAACUAAUUGCUCUUGAGUUUAACACAUAAAAAGGAAGAAAGGAGUGAAAUACUAACCUAAUCUUUAAUUUUUGAUGGUGCAAAUCUUUUGGCUUGUACAGAUAGGAAUUCUGGACCAAUGUGAAGCUGGCAGUGCAGUUUGAGUUUGUUUUAGAUGCUAUAGAGUCUGACUAACAGCCACAACACGAGCGUUUGCUGAAGGACUGCAUGGCAUUAUGGGCUUCUAGCUUGUGUUGUUAGUCCUUUGCACUGUUGAUCUUCUCAGCUGUUCUUCACUUUUAGUUGCUGUUGAAUGCUGUUCUUUUUUUUUUCUCAGAAUAAUUGUAUGUAAAAACACAAUUCUCUUUUUCAUGGUACUGUAUAUUUGGCAACCAUGAAUAAAACUCCAUCUUUAAAAAUCA